AUGCAUCUAUCACCGGCAAUGGCUUUGCCUUAUAUCCCAAGUCGCACCUCUACGAAGCCUCCGAAUUCGAAACCACGGCAAAAGCAAGAAACUCCUGUCUCGGCUCCAGCUCCAGCUCCAAGUACAACCCCAAGACUACUCCCGGGAGAGCGAAGAGUCAAGCCUCGCCUCAGCAGGCCAAGUCUCGAUCCUGUUCUGGAGAGCGAUCAGCGACUCUCAAGAGAUGUAGAGCAGAUUGUCUCCGGGGAUGCUGCCAAAGUGACGAGAAAGCAAUCAUUACCGAUACUUACCAGAAAACGAAGUGACUUCUUCGAGGAAGCAUUCGGUUCCAAGCAUACGCAAGACCCCGGUGAUCGAAUACGGAAUGAGUCUCCUGUACUGGUAGAAAUCAAAACCAACGUCAUUGCAAAUGAGUUCACCUUCAUCACUGAACUAUCCGAGUACCUCUCGUUACGAUAUAAUCGCCCAGCAUAUUCUAUCGUAAUGGCAGUCCAGCAUGGGAUCUGUAUUCAGUUUGGUGGUAGUUCUGAUCCUUGCUAUACCAUGACAAUCGAGGCUCUCGCUCGAGACGUUCAGACGACAACAAACAAACGAAACAUUGCUCUCUUUCAGAGACACAUGGAGCAGGCCCUGAGGAUUCCACCAUCCAAGGGGUUCUUGAGAUUCGUUCCCCUGGCUGAAGACUGCGCUGGGUGGAAAGGCAACACACUUGCUGGGUAUAUCACAGAAGUGAUGGAAGAGACACAGGCGAUGGCGGACCGCCGAAGUUCGAUUAGAGCGCCGAGGAGAAGAUCUAGUAAGGCAUUUCGAGAACUCAAGAGUAAGAUGACUGCAUCAGAGAGUGUACCUGCAUUAAAUCCCAGCACAUCGAAUGGCAUAUCAUCUAAUGACACAGAAGCUCUCGGAAAGGCUGCGAAAAACGAACCCGAGACCGAGAAGAACAACACAAAGACGUUAAAGCGAAGGAAGAGUUUCAUCCAUGCCCUGUUUCCCAGGUCGGCAAGUCGUUUGGCGGAGAGAGAAGCGGAGUGA